AUGUCUGCCGCUCAAAAUAUCCAGAAUCACCCAAUGUACCAACAGGCCUCGCAAAAGGCCCAGUAUUAUCACUCUCAGCUCGAUAAAGAGCUCGGAAAAUAUCCCAUCCUCAACAAUAUCGAACAGCGCACUCAGGUCCCCAAGACGUUCCUCGUCAUCGGAGCUGCCGUGCUCAUGUCCCUCUUAAUUUUCAUCAACGCUCUUGCCUCGCCCGUCUCCAACCUUGUCGGAUGGGCUCUCCCUGCCUAUCUUUCCUUCAAGGCUAUCGAAUCCCCCGCCCAUGAAGAUGAUAUCCAGUGGUUGACUUAUUGGGUCGUCUUUGGCUUCUUCAACUUCCUCGAGUCGUUUGCCCUCCGCGCAGUUCUCUACUACUUCCCCUUCUACUAUGCUUUCAAGACCAUCUUUGUCCUCUGGCUCCAGCUCCCCGCUACAAAGGGCGCUCGCACCUUCUACGUUAACGUCCUCCGCCCCAUCAUGGCCCAGGGCGCCAAAUCCACAAAGGGAUCCUACUCCGCUCCCGAGACUGCCACCGCUGAUGACCUCCGCGCAAAGGUCCACACCGCGACCGAGUACUAG